AUGCACGCCUUAUCGGGGAAACGUAUAUAUAUGGCUCUGCGCAACUUCCAAAUUCGCACAGACCCGAACAACGACAACAUAAUGGAAAAAACUUUCUGGCAAUGUCCUAAAGGUGUUCGUCCAAAAGAAGCUUUCUCCUUCAUCCGUAUCUUCAUGACUGUGCUCUGCUUGAUGCUAAAUUUGAUUAUGCUGGUGCUUCUCUGCCUGAUAAAAGGUAGACCACGGUCCUUCCUAGUUCAAAUGCGUACCCUAACUGCUACUGUGGUUCUCUACACUUUCAUCAGGACCUGCCAGCAGAUCAUACCCUCUCGCUUCUUUCACUCCAAUGACAUCUUGGCUCCGAUUAUGUGUUGUAUGUGGACGAGCCGAUACCUAUCCUUCGUGUGUUACACCUUUGCCGCCCUUAUCCUGAAUUUUACCGUGGGAAACAGAGCCAUUCAGAUUGUUUGGAAGUACCAGUACUCCUUCUCC